AUGGAAACACCACCACGAGGACAGAAUGCAUUACUGCCAGGACCGUCACAGUCGAAACAACUCCAUGCACGACUAAAGCGACAGAUGGAAAGUGAAAUGGAAGUCGAAGGAAAUCCAGAAAUGGUGCGUAUGGGUGAGGAUGUGCCCGUGCAUACAGCUGCCAUGAAGCCGCUAGCUGACGACUAUGAUGACGACGAUCUCGACUGA